AUGGACACGCCAUUGUUAUUGGAGAGGGAUGCAGCAGAGUUGUACACUCGAACAAUGUUUUAUGAGGUACAGAGUGAGAUAAUGUCAUCCUGUUAUGAUAUGAGUAUCAACAGUAUAUCAGAAGAAGAUGGCGUGAAGAUUUUUUCCAUAAAGGAUAAAAAGAGACAUGGAAAAAUAUUUGAGGUGAAACACACUUAUUUGAACAAUGACGUGCAAUGUACAUGUAGGCUGUUUGAGAAAAUGGGUAUAGUAUGUAGACAUGGUUUUUUUGCACUGAACCAAGCUGAUGUAACAAAAAUACCAAGACAUCUUGUUGUGAACCGAUGGACAAAAGGUUUAGAUGGUGAGAGACUUGAGUACCUGAAAGGGAAGUUGAAGGAGUUGAAGCACAGUUUGCGUCAAUCUAGUUGGAAAUCUGACACACAGAACAAAAAUGAUGUAAUGAAGUUUUUUGUUGGCUCAAAAAUACCAGCGGAAGUGGUCGUUAAACCUCCCAUUGAAGGUAGAAACAAGGGGUGUGGACGGAGAAUUGUUGGUGAUUAUGAGAAAUCAAUUACUCAACGAAAGAAGAAGGUGCCAAGGCUGUGUAAUAUGUGCAAAAAAAUCGAUUUCCACGAUGCACGGACAUGCCCAUUAAAGAAAACAAUACAUCAGAGUGAUGUUUAA